UGACACAUCCCAACAGGGGCUCGUAGCAGAGAGCAGCUGCUGACCCAAACCCAGACUUGAAGCAAGCUGGUGUCAGCGUCAGACUGCUUUGAACAGCAUGAAGGCUCUCUUACUCACCUGCACACUGGUGCUAUGGCUGAUGGCAGCCUCAGUCAGGAGCUUUGACCAGGAUUCACAGCUGAUACCUGGAUCUCUACAAAGCAGAGAGCUGAAUGGAUACUUCCGUGACUACUCGAAAUCAAGGAGGGCUAGGAGGGCCCUGCCAUCUGCUGAUGAACCUGAUGACAGCCCAAUUCCAGAAGGAGGAGACGGCUCUGAUCUGCCCACAUGCCUGCUGUGUGUCUGUCUGACUGGGUCAGUGUACUGUGAGGAAGUUAAUCCAGACAUGACCACUAUUCCAGCUCUACCUAAAGAGACAGCCUACCUGUACGCCCGCUUCAACAAGAUCAAAAAGAUCAGUAACAAAGACUUUGCAGACACGGUGACUCUGAAGAGGAUUGACCUGUCGGGAAACCUGAUCUCAGAGAUUGAUGAUGGGGCAUUUUCUAAGCUAUCGCUACUGGAGGAGUUGUCUCUGGCUGAUAACAGACUGGUCAAACUUCCCAUACUCCCUGCCAAACUAACAACAUUCAACGCCAACAACAACCUUCUAAAAACAAAGGGGGUGAAAGCUAAUGCUUUCAAGAAACUGACCAAGCUGGUAAACCUGUUCCUAGCAGACAAUAACUUAGAGGCAGUUCCAUUUAUACCUGAAAGUGUGCGGACCUUACAUCUACAGAACAACAACAUCACUGAUGUCAAUGUUAACACCUUCUGCCGUUCGAAUGACACCUACUACCUACGACCAAGCCUCAAUGAAGUCCGUAUGGAUGGCAAUCCUGUGAUACUCUCCAAGAACCCUGACAGCUUUACCUGUAUGAAAGUACUGCCUGUUGGACGGUACCGCUGAGCAGGCUGAAACUUUUUUCUCAAAACUGUAUCUUUUUUAUUGCCGAUGAAGCAGUUUUCCCACAACUAUUGGGCACAGAUCCCACUGAGGAUCUGUUUUUUUUUUUUUUUUUUUUUUUUUUUGGUUAUUUCAGCAAACCUGAAAACAGAAUGUGACGUUGUCAGGUUGAAAUGAAACCACUCACUGGACUGAAAGAACUUUGCUGGAGAAGUUCCUCUAUUUAGCCAUUUUCAGUUCUACUGAGAAAAGAAAGAAAGUAGCGACUUAUGCUUGCAUGCGUGAUGAAUAUUUUGUGUCAUUCAAUCCAAGAAGGGAUCUAAAGGUUUCGAUAUUGCUGAGAAUGAGGAGCUCAACAAAUAAUUUCAGAUCCCUUCCACGUCCACAUGUCUACUUACCUGACCUGGGGAGGCUCUAGGAUCUCCAGAAAGACAGUCCAAUCUUUGUUUCAUUUUGACCUGACACUUCACCACCUAGAUUAAUAAAACUAUACACUGUAUUGGACCAGCCACAACCCAACAGGUUUGAUUAUAGCUACUUGUACUAUUUUGGAAUUUAAAUAUAGUUGGUACAUUCAAAUAAAAAAAAUCAAGAAUAUGGGCAGUUAAUAUUGAAAAGGUGCUUUUACUUGACCAACAUCUUCAUUUGGUUUUGCAAAGCCUAAUCACAGUUAUCAUCAUGUGUCAAUGUUGGCUGCCAGAAUUUCUAAUUAGGAAGGAUGUCAAUGCAAGAUUACAUGACUUAAGAUGAGUUUUUCAUUAUGUGUAUUUAUACUGUUGCAUGCUGCAUUUUAGAAUUUUGAGUUUAAGCCUUGAAAAUAUGAGUGUGAAAUUUUGGCUCUGAGGCCAACACAUGGGAAAAAAAUAAUACAAGUUUGGGAAAAAGAGUCUUGUCUGACAAUCUGUCCACAAGAUAAAAAUAUUUCUGAUCUGAGUAAAACACAUCCUGAUCCAAGUGUUAAAAGGGACUGUUUUACUUCAACGUAGGAUCAUGAAAUCACUACAGAAAAAUCAAAACAAGCUCAACCGUUCAGAAGGAAUAAUUGAUACCAGUAUGUUGAUUUUAAUGAUUAUUUACUCAAACUAAACUUUGUCUCAACAGUAAAGAAAACUUACUGCAAUGCAACUAAAUGGAUUACAAAUAAGGAGCGUUAGUGAGAUUUCUCAUUUCAAUAUUUGUAUAAUGCCUUAAGAUUUAAUUCCUGUUGGAAAAUUGAUCCCAGCUGACUCAGGCAGCUGAUAACCAUUACAUUGUCUUGUAAUGCCAGCAGGAAAAGUCUGUAAAUACUUUUCUCAUUGAAUGUUCUCUCAGAAAAUGACUCGACAUGAACACAAUACUGUGGGUUUUGUGCGAAUGUUAUUUUCCUCAUUAUUCCAUUCAAAAACACCUUGACAUAAGGGCUAUGAUUAUGUAGACUUGUAAAAUGAAGGCUUUUUCAACAUUUUGACCUGAGAGUCUGUCUGUAUUUAUAAUGUCUAGGAGAAGUUAACUGGGGAGCAAUGUAUCUAUGAACUAUAGCAAUGUGAAAGGUAUUCCUUUUUUUGUCUGCCUUAAAUAUUUCUUGCGUGUGUCCCUUACACUUCCCUUCCAGUAUCAUUAACUACUUUGGGAAUGAUUACCUUUGUAAGUACAACAGCAGUGUAUGGAGGAUGUGUAAGUGAAAUGGCUAUUUGUUUUGGAUAUUUAAAUAAAGUUAAUUUUUUUUAUUAUA